AUGGGGGCGUGGAAGGCACUGGCGCGUGAGAGUGGAACUUCCCUUUCACUUGCCCUAAACUGCAGCAAAAUUAAAACUAUGCAGCAAGAGAGAGCAGGGAGAAAAAGAGAGAGAGAGAGAAUGGGUCGAGGGAGGGUUGAGCUGAAGAGGAUAGAGAACAAAAUCAACCGCCAAGUUACUUUCUCAAAAAGAAGGAACGGUUUGCUCAAGAAAGCCUAUGAGCUCUCAGUUCUCUGCGAUGCUGAGGUUGCCCUCAUCAUUUUCUCAAGCCGUGGGAAGCUCUAUGAAUUUGGAAAUGUUGGGAACUUUCAGGGCAUGGAUUAUAGGGGGAAAAUAUCAGGAGUUUUGCUUCGUUCCAAUUACAGAUCGACACGUUUUAUCGUCCUUCCACCUGAUAUCUCUCUAUUCAUUACCAAGACUAUUGAGCGAUACCAACGUUGCUCGUUUACUCCUCAAGAUGAACACGUUGAAUGUGAAACUCAGAGCUGGUACCAGGAGGUGUCAAAACUAAAGGCAAAGUACGAGUCUCUUCAAAGGACCCAGAGGCAUUUGCUUGGGGAAGAUCUUGGACCAUUGAACAUAAAAGAGCUACAGAGUCUUGAGAAACAGCUUGAAGCAGCAUUAGCACAAGCUAGGCAAAGGAAGGUUGUAAAAACACAAAUCAUGAUUGAACAAAUGGAAGAGCUUCGCAGAAGGGAGCGCCAUCUUGGAGAUAUGAACAAGCAACUUAGACUCAAGCUUGAAUCAGAGGGAUUUAAUCUUAAAGCUAUGGAAAGCUUGUGGAGCUCUAAUUCAGCUGCUGGAAAUAGUGCCUUUCCCUUUCAGCCUGCUCAAACCAACCCUUUGGAUUACCAGGCUGAACCCUUUUUGCAAAUAGGUAAAAUGAGGAGAUGUGAAGAAAGAGUGGUAGUAUCUUAA